AUGACGGCCGCUCCAGACCCAGAGGAAAUCCUUCGUUCAACGAGAGGAAAGGAAAAUUUCCAGCGCAUUACACGACUUUUAAUAAGUGGAGGGACCAGCCUGCUGAGGGAGACUUUUGACUCCAUAUGUCCUCCAAGUAAUCUUCCUACGAUUCUCAGCAAUCCAGUAACAAAGAACCAGCUAAAAGCUGCAAAACUCACCAUGCCACAGUGGCACUGUCUUUGUCCUUCGCCAGGGGUGUACGGCAAGUCAGCAGAUUUUGAUGUCACUCUGCUAUUCCGUUUACUAAGGACAAUAUGCAACCUCACCCCUCCCUCCACAGGAUGGGAUGCACUACCACUUAGUGCAGAUCACAGUUUAGCAGCUGAUGUAACAAGAAUGAAGUAUUACCGAAACUCAGUCUAUGGUCACGUGGGCCAAGGCAUGGCAAUCAGAGAUAGUGAGUUUUUAACACUUUGGAAAGAAAUCAGUGAAGCUCUUGUGAGGAUUGCUGGGCAGAUCAGUUCUACAAGGAAAACUGCAUGGCAAGGAGCCAUUGAUAAAUAUUUGACAGAUCCUCUUACGACUGAAGAUGAACGAAAUGUGCAAGAACUUAAGGCAUGGUAUAAAAAUGAUAUAGAGAUCAAGAAUUCCAUAGAUGAAGUCAGUGAACGGAUAAGUCGUUUGGAGGUAGGGUAAAAGUAAGCAAUAAAAGACAAACAAAACAAAACCCAAAUAUUAAUUGACAUUUCUGUUGUAGAGAGAACUUUAAAGCUUCCAAAUUCAAUAGAUUUGUGCUUUUUGAUAAAGCUAAGGAGUUACUGGGUUAUUUUUAACUCGUGGGUACGCGCGAGCGUACCACGAGUUAUUGCAGGGACAGGGAAUGCAAAUGAGUCGCUCGGUCACUCGUAGUAGACGCACUUCGUAAUUAAUCGGGUCCGAACUCGAGAGCGCGAAGAUCUAUCGUUUCCAAAGAAGCACGCGCUCGCCGAAGUUCGGUGGCAUCAAAUUCCUCGCUGAGAGCGUGCAUCGUGCGCUACAGCACGGUUAGAGGAUAGAGGUCUUACCAAAUUUAAGACACGUAGGAAUCUUUCAGAUUAGUACGAUUCAAGAGCCUUUGACUCGUCCAGGCGUUAAACUUGACGAGAAGAUGAGCAUUUGCUCUUCGACUCCUUCAACUUCGAGGCUGGCUUGAUCUCCUACCUUGUAGUAAUGUAGUAGGUUAUAAUUAUGUGUGUGAACGAAUGUAAGGUAAAUAAAGGCACUUCUUCUCCUUUUUAAGGACUCCCAAAGAUCACGGGGGAAAUGGAGGUGAUUUUGAGCAUUAGUUUUAAAAUGACAGCGGAAAUCGAGAUAAGAAAACAUAAGCUGAUGUUUUGCUUCCUACUUCGUGGAGGAGUUGUGUCGGCUUUGUAUCGCAUAUGUUCUUUCAUUGCCAUGAAAUGCGUUUACAUUGUUUUUUACCGUCAGUAGCCUGGUUUCAGUUAGCCUUAAUUUCAUCCGAUUGCUUCGAGUCGUUUUUUCAAUCGGUUAAGUAUGGCUCGAUAAUUUGCCGGCGGAAGUUCCAUGGAAAAGGCAUUAAAUUUGAGACUUUUCCACGUCACGCGAUCAUCCUCAACGGCAUAGUGGCUAUGUGGGGUCGAGUUAACCCGAAGGUUCUGGGUUCAAAUUCUGCUAUGAUCGUUCUUUUUGCCUUCUUCCUUUUUUUUUUCUUUUUUGUUUUGUUUUGUUUGUUUAUUUGUUUGCUGUUUUGUUGUUGUUUUUUUUGUUUUUAAAUAUAUACCUAAAUAACUGUUAAUAAGUAACAAUUAUUCACCGAAGUGGAGGUGGCUAGUAGUGGGUAUUUACCGAACGGCCGCGGUCGUCGUUUUUUCUUGGCGACAAAUAAAACUUUUGAGGGCGUUUGUUUAGCUCUUGCGGGGACAUUUCUUCAAAAGGAGUUGUGAAUUCUUUUUGCAUUUAAAAUCGUUCUGUAAAAAAGAUAAUUAAAUUUAGUUUUAAGCUUAUUUAUUGACAAGUCAACUGAAUAAAGUAACGCAAGGCUUAAGCAAGCAAGGCUUAAUUUGCAUUCGUAAAGAAAAAACUUUUCCACCGGUUUUAUCGAUAAAUUCAAGUCAAAAAGACAAAGCUUUACCUGUUAAAACUUCCAAACCGAACCUUGUCACCUUCUUCAUGUAUUUUGGGAAUAGCUUGAUUGAUCAGUUGUGAAAUUUCUUAGUUGAGGGUCUCAAUGGGGUUAACCGAUAGGCGUAAAACGGCCAACAAUUUAGUCGAUAGCCUUAAAAAUUGACAUAUUUUAACUCUUAGCCGUAAAUAGGGUAAAAAACAGUUAACCGUAAAAGAAAUUGUUCCCUAGAUUUGUUAUUUUUAAGGAAGGUGAUAAAUUCACUUAUAGUUGCGUCUUUUUAUUCCCUGGCUACUUUUACUCCAUACGCACGUUAGGCCAAGCUCCUUUUAGGUGUUCACCUAGACCUAGGCUCCAUUGCCGCCGCUCACUCGAAGAACCAAGUUUCCAUAGGGAAAAUCUGGCUUCUUGCUGAGGAUUAAUAUCUGUGAUUUUAAGGAGGUCGUGCCCUCGAUAUUCUAGUGAAACAACACGCAGAGAUGUCACUGUUUGUAAAACAUGUUGCUGAUAAACAACAAUUCCCUGUUUUUCUCUGACGCUACGGUAGACAUUGCCAUGCCUAGUGCCUGUACGGCGUCUUCCCACGCAAUCUCGGUCAAGGCAUUUCGGUGGCAUACCUGAGGAAAAAAAACUCGCUCGGACCACGUGACCCGGAAUGCAUUAGCCGUGCGGAAUAAUGAGGCCUGUGAUACGGACAAGUCACGGCAGGCAGUCGUUCUGUACAGUCCUUUCUGUAUCAUUAAAAACACUGGACGCGGGAAUAUUGUUGUUGGCCAUUUUCACACUAGAGCUAGAAAAUGGAUCAUCCGUCAGACACUAGCCUGUGUCCAGUCGCCUAGCCUGCGAAAACAUCCGUUUCUCCUCGCUCUUCGCCGCUGGGGACGUUUCGCGAGGAGGAACGUCUGCGACUCAGCGACAGAAAUUCCAUACUGAUGACGUAAAAUCUGUCCAGAAUCCGGUCAGAAGCGCUGAUUGGUCGACGGAGUAGUUACAUUGUUUUAGCUAUUGUUUACGAAUGACAGACAAAAGACAAAAGGCCACAGAGGUCAAAUGUAAACGCGAAGAAUCUCUAGCAAAACAGUCAAUUUUUGUAGAAUAUACUCUUCUCUAGGAGAAGUAUUUGAGUUUUGCUGGACCUCCUUAGCAGAUGAACACAAAAAUUUACCAAAAUCGACCAGAUGACACGUAAAAUUGUACAAAUUUGUAUUUGGAACCCCAUGACCACCCGAUUUAUUAUGCAAACAUUGAUUUGCGUCAUCAGUAUGGAAUUUUUGCCACUAAGUCGCAGACGUUCCUCCGCGCGAAACGUCCCAAGCGACGAAGAGCGAGGAGAAACGGAUGUUUUCGCAGGCUACCAGUCGCCCCCUCCCCCGCAAACACCCCUUUCCGUUUUUUUUUGUUCUGAAGGGAGGGGGCGGCUGUACACAGGCUAUCUAGAACGGAUAAUCCAUCUUCAAACUGUCCGUCAAAAUUGGCGGAUAAAGUCAGACAGUUUGUUCACUCAAAAUUAAAACCGUUCCAUUUUCAAAUUAAGACGUAUUACCUAUCUGGCGCGAAUUAUCAAAUGGAUAACCCGUCUCACAUGAAUGAUCUGUUUCUGUUGUGAAAACGGCCAUUUCUGUUAUAAAUGAAUUCGCGCCCCGGCCUUGAGUUGAGCGUUCGCGUGUCUGCUUUUGCUUUUUCACAAAGAUUAUUUUUAUAUUGACUGUUGACAUUUCUAUGCGUAAAAUAAUAUUAGAAGUGGAAUACUGUAUGAAGCAUGAUCUAUUAAAUGUUGAAAUGUUUCAAAAGAAUAGCUUAUUUCAUCCCGAGAUGAUCCUAAGACUUUAUUUUGCUUUAAAGUUAGAAAAAAUACAGGUUUAUUAAUAUUUAACUCCUUGAAACAAAAGGAAUUAAUUUUUAACUUUUUUGUUAACCGUAACUGAAAAAAAUUUGCCGAUAGCCGUAAAUUAGCCGAAAUUUUAGCCGAUAACCGUAAAAGCCACCACCCCAUUGAGACCCUCUUAGUUUGUUACGGCAGCAAACCGGGAAGGCAUUUUGCUCGCAACUUACGCGAGUUUGGCGGCGCUCGCUGGGAGGAAGUGGAGGUGAAUCAGUGAAUAGUAUUGUGUUUCCAGAUUUAUAAUCUGAAUUUCUAUCGUUUCCUAAAAUUUACUGUGGGAAAACCAGAGGUGAUAACUAAUUGAUUAUUUUCUAAACAACGUACCCACGAGUUGACGAUAGUCUUUCUUUGAUUAAGUUUACUGAUUUAGUGCAACAUUUAUGUAAAGCAUCUUCUAUUUUGUCCCAGAUAUGGUGACUUAUGACACUUUGAAUUUUACACUCAGACAGCAUUUCAUGAAGGAACAGAUUUGAUGGAGGCAACAGUUUGUCAGGAAGCAAAAGAAAUUAAAGAUCAACUGGAAGAGAUGAAUCAGUCGAUAGACACACUCGCCUCUUCAAGUGCUGCAACAAACCUGUUAGAAACAGCAGUUCGUCACGAGGCAAAAGAAAUUAAAGAUCAACUGGAAGAGAUGAAUCAGUCGAUAGACACACUCGCCUCUUCAAGUGUUGCAACAAACCUGUUAGAAACAGCAGUUCGUCACGAGGCAAAAGAAAUUAAAGAUCAACUGGAAGAGAUGAAUCAGUCGAUAGACACACUCGCCUCUUCAAGUGCUGCAAAACAGUCAUCUAGGGGUGAGUUUCUUUAAACAUUGCUUCUUUGCUCAGUGAACCGAGAGUUACCCAAUUGUUGUCACCUCUAUUAAGCGGCGACCAUGCGCUUGAUACACUUACUUUGCCUUUGUGUUAAGAAUGAAAGAAAGUAUAAUCCGAGAUAGACGGUGACGACCGAUUGUGGGCCAAUUUUGUUCCCCGUCACUCACGUGUUUGUUUUAAAAUAAAGUGAUGUUUCUUCUAAAGGUUAUUUUAUGACGAACUUCUAUUGAGCCGCCAAACUUUAAUUUUUCGGCCACAUGUCGGUUCCCCCGAGGAUAGCCGCUUAAUGGAGGUUCAACUGCGGAAUUAAAAAACAAAUAAAGAGAACAUGAUCAUGGCAGUGAAAGAAGCGAGUUUGCGAAAAAAAGCCUGAAAAAUUAAGGCUUGCCGGGAUUUGAUUGGGGCUUGUCAUUUUUUGUGGAGUGAAAUGGAGAAACAGGUUACAAUCACAUUUGGUCGUUUAUACCACCAUUAAGGUGGCUCGAUACUCUACAGUUUUUCAGGGUCAAUACCUCCCAAGUUGGAGCAUAAACUACGUCGCCAUAAACAAAGAUUUCGGGAAAAAUUGCCACCACAAUUGUAUUAGAUAAAGCACAGGGAGCCCACACAAUCUGUUUGUGUAGCCGAUUGUUAUUUUAUAGUAAAUGUACUGGAUUUACUGUUUGCUUCACCUACUAGUAUAGCGAUAUAUCGCUAACUAUGUAAAUCAAUGAUAAAUAAACGUUGAAUUACCGUACCUGUGGUAUAUAGUCGUCGUUUUACCUCAAAAGCGGUUUUUUGAGCGAUUUUGAAGGAAUUUGAAUUCGCCGUCGACUGUUCCUUAUAAUAGAAGGAAGGGUCCUUCUAUUAAAAGGAACAGUCAACGGCGAAUUCAAAUUCCUUCAAAAUCGCUCAAAAAACCGCUUUUGAGGUAAAACGACGACUACAUACCACAAAUAAGGUAAUUCAGCGUUUAUUUAUCAUUGAUUUAUAUACAUAGUUAGCGACAUAUCGCUAUAGGUGAGGCAAACGGUAAAUUGAGAACAUUUACUAUAAAAUAACAAUCGGCUACACAAACAGAUUGUGCGGGCUCCCUGUGGAUAAAGAUGAAAAAGUGUUAUGACCAGGGUUGCAAUGACACCGGAGUUGUCAUAGCAAGGAAAUGACGCCACCACCUAUUUUACUUGCAGCAGUAUUUCUCGGCACUGGGAAUUCUUCUUCCGAAAUCGUUCAUGGGAGCUUUUUCCGCCUAUAACCGCCUCGACGUUCAUGAAGUUUAAGCGAAAUCUGUAAGAGCGUUAUCGAGAUCUUUUGGGGUAAGGUUUUUUUGGUUAGAAAUAAGGUACAAAAUGGACAAUCUUGAUGUUCGGCUGUUAUCUGUAAAAAAACGAAGCGCUUUUGACAUACAAUUUCACCUCAUAGUAGUUUCAAUCAUUUUGCAAACGUGUGUGAAAAAUCAUUGAGGUAGCUCCAGCCGAAACUAGAAAGAAGGAUUUGAUAAGUAUGUAUCGAGGCUGUUAGUUUGUUAGUAAUUUUGUAAACGUUUUGGUCUACACUUUAACAAAUUAGCGAAUAAUUUUUAAACCGCGCGAUAGAUUUUUGUUAAAAAUUUAAGAUUCUUGAGAUUAACCGUCCUUUUACAUUACUUUUUAGUUUCAGAUUAUUGAUGUAUUCUAAUGCAGUCAAAUAACAGACUUUUUUUAUGUCAUUAGCUCUUCUUAGAUUAAAGAUUGACUGCGAGGCCAUUUCUGGACCUGGUCUACAACAAGGAACUACGGUGAUGAUAGGGCAGCCACAGGAAUCCCAAGGAGUAAUCAAGCAAGGUGCAGUUGCACCGGUCACCUCAAGUCAGUCACAAGAGUCAAACACAACCGCUUCCCUAAGCGGAAAUGUCACAAACGGUGCCAUUCCUUCCCCACAGCAAAUUCUGAGUUUAAUUGCCUCAAAGUACCUUAACAACUUAAACCCAUCAACACUGGAAGAUUUUAAUGGUUUCAUAGAGUACAUGGAAAAGGUACGAAAAGUAAUGAUUGUUGACUGCAGCCCAGGAAGCUUGAUAAUCACAGUGGAAUGCAGUUCUUUGGAGAUCCUUGAAGAACUUUGGCAAGACUAUUGUACAGGUAAUCUUGGUCGAGUGGUGCAGCAAUACCUAGUAACGGAGGAUCUUCUAAAAGAACUUGGACUAACGGAGGUAAAACUGAUCAUGACCAUCGACGAAAAAGACUACAGAGAUUGUCAAAAGUACUUAGCAGGGGGUAGGUAUGAUCUACAUGAUACACCCAUGGGACACCCAUGUUACGGUACAACCGAGUUUAAAACACACUUCAAACCUACUAAUCUUUGGAUCGAGAAAUUUUGAAUGAGAAGACGAAUAGAAAGAGAAACAAACGAGUUUAGACAGAGAAAAUGUAGCUUACAUUUUUUAAAUUUAAUAUCUAAAGACCAAACCACGAGAGAAGCCAAUCAACAGAAAGUUGCUUAAAGGUGCAAAAAGAAGAUAACCGAAAUGGUGUUUUGUCAGGGCACGCGCCUAAAGGGAUCUAUAAGUGAAUCAAAUACAUUUUUUAUCUUUCUAUCAACGGUUCAUAUUUUGUUGUGUAUAAGUUAACUGAGGGAGCCCAUUCCUCAUAAGCCCGGUGGUUUCCCUUGGACUUUCUCGCCAUUAGCUUUUAAAUCUUUAGAUAUUUCUUGUUUUUAUGUACAUCCUUAUGGCAAAACAAUCAAAAUGUAAUCUAUGUAGCUUGCAUUUUCAAAGGACUAGGCCAUGAGGUGAACGGAAAAGUUCAUAAAAAUGGAAAAGAAGAUAACCGAACAAAUUCACUGAUUGGUCGAGCUCUUUCCUUUUAGAGUUUAGACAAAGGAAGUGCCCUUUUUUGUGUUUGCACCUGCACCUGCACCUAUCCCGUAGUCAGGGCGCAACGGACCUAGCAACCCUUUCCCCCCAUUUGAUUUUGUUUUCAGCUUCUCUAAGGACGUCGCAAAACUUUAACCCAGUCCACUCAGGUUCUUUUUUCGGCCUCUUCUUCACCUCCUUGCACCGUUCCUUGUAAAAUUGUCUUGGCAAGUCCUGCUGAACUUGGUAGACGCCCCAACCACUUUCACUCGCGUUUCUUUACCGUGGUUAAGAUGUCAUCAUAGGGCCCGAUCGAUAGCUUGCUUGAAUCUGUCUCUGCACAGUAAUUUUUAAGGAGUUAUUAUAACUCCAAAAUUGGAGUAAAAAUUUUAGGUACAGGAUAACCCCUUUUUGGGGGUUACUUUAACUCGUAAUUUAACUCCAAAUUUGGGGUCAUUUUUACUCCUGAAAAAGAGUUCUUUUACUCCCAGUCUGGAGUCAAAAUAACUCGAAAAAAUGGGGUUAUUUUACUCCUUGCAUGGGUUGUUUUUACUCUUUUUGGAAUUACUUUAACUCUGAAAGUGGAGUAAAAAUUUUAGGUAUAGCAUAACUCCUUUUUAGGGGUUACUUUGACUCCUCAAUAUCUGGGGUCAUUUUUACUCCUCAAAAAGAGUUCUUUAAACUCCUUUUUGGAGUUAAAAUGACUCCCCAAAAAAUAACUCCACUGUAAGGAGUUAAAUUAACCCCACUAGAGAAGUUAUUAUAACUCCUUGAAAAUUACUGUGUGACUGCAUCGUUGAUGAUGUGGUCUCUGUAUGAUACGCCAAGCAGUUUCCCAAAGCAUCACAUCUCGAUGGCCUUCAAUUUCUUCAGGAUGUCCGCUGUCAAUGUCCAGGUUUUUAGGCGUACAACAGUACUGAAAUAACCAGGGAGAGUAUAAGUCUGAUCUUUGAGCUUAAGGGGAUAUACCUUUCGUUCGAGAUGGUCUUCAGUCUCGCUAGUGCUGCUUUUGUCUGUGUAAUUCUGGACAGUACUUCAGGCUUGGAACCUUGAUCUAUGACGACUGCGCCCAGAUACUUGAAGCCUUCAACCUCGUCCAAUGUUUCACCGUUGAUUCUAAUGUAAAUGCUGGUGCGAUUAAUGUAAUUGGCAAAACGUAAGUUGGUAUUUGUUCUGUUUUCGAUUCUAACUGUUCCUUGGUGAUCUUCUAGUGCGUCAGUCAUAAUUCUCUCCAGAAAGACGUUGAAAAGAGUCGGCGAGAUUAAACACUCUUGUCUGACUUCGACUGUGGUUCUGAACCAGUCUCCUAUGGCGCCAUUAAGGUAGACUACACUAGUGGCCUUGUUGUUGAGGUUUUCAGUGGCUUGGAUCAGGUUCGUAUUAAUAUUAUAAAGCCUUAUAGUAGACCAUUGGUCUUCAAAGACGUGAUAGAGGUCUUGAUGUUGCAGGUACUUCUCACACAGUAUCGUAAGAUUGAACAUCUGUUCUGUGGUACUGCGUCCUGGUCUGAAGCCUACCUGUUCUUCGGCGACGAUUGAGUCAGCCUGAGGCUUUAGCCCGUUUAACAGCACCUUCAGCAUGACUAUACUAAGCUGGCAUACUAGGCUGAUUGUGCGGUUGUUCUUGCACUGUUGAAGGUUACCUUUCUUGGGAAGUGAAGUGAUAAGAGACUGGGUCUAUGGUAGGGACCACUGUUCUGUCUGCCAUACCUUAUUGCAGAUUUUAUGCAAGGCGCUUAUCACGGCAUCUCCUCCUGUCUGAACCAGCUCCCCUGGAAUAUUGUUUAUCCUUGAAGAUUUUUCCUUCUUAAGCGAUUUCACAGCUGGUUCGUCCUCUUCCUGCAAUAUUGGGUAGUUAUCAUUGUUAUUUACUGGUGAGACAAUCAGUACCUCUGGAUCGAGCAGCAACUGCCUUUUCAACAAGCCUCGAUACUACUUUUAAGUUCGAGAUAGGACGAAAGUUUUGGAACUGUUCAAAGUCAGCAUCAGAUUUUUUCAAUGUGGGCGAUAAUAUAGCAACCUUCAGAGCAUCGGGCACAACACCAGUCGAUAAGGACAGAUUGAUGAUCCUCGUAAUAGUAGGAAGUAAUACGGUAAGACAGCCAUUCAAAACUACCUCAGGUAGAGGAUCAAGUUCACAAGAUUUAGAUAGUGGUUUCCUUGAAAACUUUUUUAUUUCCUCCAGGAUAACCUGAGCAAAGUUACAGAACUCUGCACCACAAACUUUGACCUCAGGAGGGGAAGACCUAACGCGUAAUUUCCUUUCAACAGGCCCAUUAUCAAUCUUGCUGGUAAAGAAAUCGGCAAAUGAAUUUGCCAGGGCAGUAUCAUCAGAAGAAGGAGGAUAACGCUUUUUGGUUGAUUUUUGCAAUGACUUUCCAACAGUCUUGAACAAUAUCCUCUGAUCUGAUGAAUGUUCAUCAAUGACGUCAGUGUAAUAUGUCGACUUUAGUGACUCAAUCAAAUUAUUGACAACGUAGCACUGAUGAACGUCUUGCUCACGAUCACAUAGUAACCUAGUCGAACGCCACUUUCGCUCUAACCGCCCUCGGAUGUUUUUCUGUACAACCACUUCCGGCUUAUACCAGGGAGCACUAUAAGUCGUAAUGUUACUGUUCGCCAUUUUAAAGGGGCAUAGAGAUCCAAGAGGGAUCGCAAUACGUUGUCAUAUUGAUCCACAAGAGCGUUGAGUUCAACAGCUUGAUCCUGUAGCAAAGUAGAAGUCAAGAUAUCUUCACAAAAGCAUUCAUUAUCCAAAGAACGCAGUUUCCGAUAGUACAGCUUUUUCUUCGUGAAAUGCGGUUUUUGUACACGCAGGCUACAAUGAACCGUACAGUGAUCUGAGAUUACAGGGUCGAAAAUCUUGAUUUCAGUAACGAGAGGAUUAUCUUUUUUAGAAAUUACAAGAUCCAAAGUGUGUCCGUUAGCGUGAGUUGCUCCAGUGACGUGUUGUUUUAGGUUGCAAGAUUCAAGAAUUUCAUUAAAGCGGUUUGCAGAGAUGCUACAGGGGUCAUCAACAUGUAAAUUGAAGUCACCAGAUAUAAGUAAGUGACCCGUGGACUCAGCCAUAAUUUGUUGCAGAAGCACUGAGAAUUCUUCAAGAAAUAGCACACAUGAGGUGUUAUCAGGAGGGCGGUAAAUAAGCAGAACUCUAAUGGAUUGAAGACUUCUAAAGUGAAUAUCAAUGAGUUCAAAUGUCGUAAAGGUAUCGGUGAUGUGACUGUUUACUGGAGAGUGUCCUUAAAUAACAAACCAACACCUCCACCUUGGGAAUGACCCCUCGGAACAUGUAAAAAUCUACAGCCAGUUGGACAUAGGGUUCUAAUCUCAACAUCAUCAAUGUUACCAGGACGCAGCCAAGUUUCAGUGAGAGCCAAAAUAUCAAUGUCUUGAUCAACCACGAGGUCUUUAACUUCCAUUGCCUUGUUCUUAAUGGAUCUAACGUUAACAACACAAAACUGAACACAGCGACAGUCAAUUUUGGGGGGAAGAAUCGGUUGUAGUUACUGAUAUUAAAUUAUUCAAGUUUACACCACGAAGUGGCAAUGGCCCUUGGAGAUAACCAAAAUUAGCAUAAUCACGUUGAGUUGUUCUAGAAAAUAUAUUUAAAUAAUUUUCUCGGGUCUUCUUUCCACCUUUUCCUCCUAUAUACCUCAGAACACCAUGUGAUUUUAGUUCGCCCAGAGCUUGAGGACAAGGAGUACAAGCACUCGAUCGUAGGCUUCGGAGAAAUUUCCUAGAGUAUUUCAUAGUCAACGAAGGCGAAUUAUACAGGGGCACCCAACGGCAAUUUUCGGGAAAAUAUCUGUUCGGAAGACGAUUUGAGAACUAGAAUUUUCGGAACAUUUGUUGUAAAAUUUCUUGCUUGCCUGCCUCUCCUAGGAUUUUCGAACAUCUACAAAAUGGUAUAAUUACCCAUUUUAAACGGAUAUUUACCCUAAAAAAGGCCACCUAGAAUUUUCGGGAGCCUUUUCCUGGCUGAAAUUUUCUAAAAGGUAAGUUUUGAUCCCUAUAAUUUUCGGAUCACUAGACUUUCAGCUAGGAAAUCCGAACAGAUGAAAAGUUUUUAGGGGAUAAAAAUAUGCCUAUAUCUACCGUUUAAAUACUAAAAUACGUUCAGCAAUGCUAUGUUAAGUGGUUUUGAACUAUAUCCUCGUUGGGUGCCCCUGAUUAUAUAGUAUGCGAGUGGCGGCCAACAACUUGUGAAGUGGAAAACCGAUCGUGCAGAAGCCGACCACCAGUUAAGUCGGGGCCAGGAUUCAAGGAAACGUCCAUAAAUAUCGUAAUGUCUUGAGGAGGAUCAUGACCAGGCACGAGCAAACUAGUGUAACCGCGUACAUUUGUAUUGGGAAUAGCAUGAUUUGUAGUGAUAUUUGGCAUAACAAGUGAUAUUUCAAAAUUGUUACAUGUAAUUUCACGAGCUGAUAGGUGAGGGAAAUUUGAGACAAUUUUGAAAUAUCACGAGUGGUACUUAUGCCAAAUAUCUCGCACAAAUCAUACUAUUAUUUGUUUACUCUACUACCCGCAAAAGGUUUGUAAUUUUCACAUGUAGGUUUUUCAGAUUAAGCUGAAAUACCACUACUCUAAGCCAAUCAAAUUGCAGAAAUUUCUCAUGUAGUAGUGUAAGAUGUCAUUUUGUGAAAUUUGGCAUUCGUUUUCUUGGGCUCCCGUGUGAAAUUUUCUUUGGUGUUAUUACAGAUAACUAAUUACAACUAUAGCCCUUGAAAAAUGUAAAAAAGAAUGCGAUAUUGUUUAAAUUAUUUUGGUACAAGAUUUUUGUCCACUGAAAAUAAAAUUUCUCAAUUUCCUGAUGGAUUCCGUCUUAAUUACUUUAAAAUCUCAACUUGAGACUUUAGAGACUUUAGAAGAGCUUUACUUCUUACAUACAUCUACACUGUACAGUCGAAUCUCCAUUUGCGACCACCUCUCGUUAGCGACCAUCUCCCAUAAGCGACCACCAAUUCAAAACACCAAAAUUUUGGGGCGAUCUGCACCUAUACCGUAUAUUGUCUAGAGGUGGUUUCCAAACCUUUCGAGCCCGAAAAGCGGCUUUAUGUUUACCGUUUUGGCAUUCAGGAUCAAAUUGAAAAUGAUACAAUGAAAGUAUCAGUUGACGGUUGUGAGCAGGAAACUUUCAUGGUACUAUUCAAUAGGUUUUGAAUUUAAAAUUCGCUGACGGGCCCGAAAAGUUACCGGGCAUUUCGGAAAAAGGGGCCCCUGGGACCUGUUUCUCGGAAGUCCCGGUAACUUUUCGGGCCCGGAGAGCUGUUUUGUGUUUGCCGUUUACCUUUAAGAUCAAAGUUUCAAUAAUCUUGAAAAUGAUACAAUGAAACUAUUAGUUAACGAAGCAAAAUUGACAGGUUUGUGAGCUAGGAACUGUGCUGCUAUUCAACAGGUUUUAAUUUUAAAAUUUGCCUUCGGGCCCGAAAAGUUACCGAGCCUUUCGAAAAACGGGGCCCUAGGCCCCUUUUUGGAAAGUCCCCGUAACUUGCCCCGUACUUACUUUAAGGGAGGUCUCCGCCUCCCGUAAGGUUACCGGGGAAUCAGAAACUAACAAAAUGGCUGCUGAACGCAAGCUGUGGAAGGAGACCAGGGGCCCGUUUCUCGAAAGUGCCGAUAAUUAACAGGCCCGUAAAGCUGUAGUUGUUUUCAUGCAAGAUAGAGGUUUCAAUAGUUUUGCAUCUAGCAUGAUAAAACUAUGAGUUAAGGAAACAAAAUGGAGCAGUUUGUUAACCAGGACCCGCGCUCUUAUUUUUUUAUAUUUCGAUUUGAAAAUUUGAUUUCGGGCCCGAAACGUUACCGGGAUUUUCGAGAAACGGGCUCCAGCACAGUCUUUCCAAAAACGACUGAUUGUUGCCGACAUCCCCGAUUCCAAAAUCUCAGGGCGAAACAGUCGAAUAUUAGAGAUCUAUUUAUUUUUACAAAGUUUAUCAAAAUGUGCGUUGAAAAGGUACGAAAAUCCAGACGUUUCGAGGGUGCUCCCUCUUCCUCAGUGGUUUUGGUUCGUAUUAGGGAUCUGCCGAUCGGAAAUCGGCGACGGUAGUGAAAAACGUCAAUGAAAGCCCAACUUCGCCUCCUUUCAAAUGUUUUGAAUCGUGAUUCUUUACAACUCGCUCAGUCUGGGAAAUUAAGCUAGAGCUGAAGAGAGAGGACCGCCUUAAACCCUAGAACCGCUUAGUAAAAUCAAAUCGCCCUGCCGUUCAGGUUCUCAAGAGUUUAUAACAUUUGGUCAUUUCACGUCGUAGUUGUGAAGGGACAGCAAAGAAAUUGAAAGAAAAGCUUGAUGCACAUGCCGAGUUGCUGUUUUGCUUAUUAAACCUAUUGAGAUUUUAAGCGUUUUAGUUGCCUUCGCCAUCAGAGUUUUGUAAGGUCCCUAUCAAGCAGCCAUGACGUCGACGCCAGCGCAAACAUCACGAACAAGUCGAGUUCGUGCUUUUUCGAACUUCAUCGUCAAGUUAAAUUCAGGCCUUAUUUUAUAAACUGUAAAAGCGUAAUUUGGGUCUUCAACUGCGAUGAUCUCCAUUUUUCAAAAAACAAACCGAUGAAUUACAUGCCUUACUUUUCUUGUAACACACGUUUUAAAAUUAUUAUUAUUUUUAAUUCUGUAAGUUACUUGUUAUCAUUUCUGUACCUCCUACUCCCAUUACAUCAACUUGUUUACACGUCACAGGUUUCGUAUUUAAAGGGCUAACUUUACUUAUAAAGAUGUCAUUUUAUUAAACAAUUGGUCAGUAAAUUUACUUUGGAAGUAAGAAGUAUAUUUUCUUAUGACAAAAGUGCAACUUACAAUCUUACAAAUUUAGCAAAUUAUGAUGUCAACGAAUUGAUUUUUUCAGAACAAAAAGCUGCUUUUUUGUAAAAGACGCAAAAAUCGGCAAAUGUAAAGAAUAAAUUUCUAAACUGAUUAAGGGAAAGGGAAAAAGGUAAAUAAGUUAUUUCUGCUCCUCUGCUGUGCUCUUGUGGUUUGUCCAAAAAAUUAGAUCUUGAACCAAUAUGGAACAGUCAAAAAGCAAUGUUCCAUUGUCUCUAAACGCUGAGAGGAAUGCCUAUUGCAUGCAUUCUAAAGGUUAGUUUCUUUUCUUUUAGCUAAUAGUUAGCAUGCAGUGAAAAUGAACAGUGCCGAUAACAAAAGUUUACGUUUAGUAUAUUCCCUUUUUAAAUCUUUUGACGUUUGCUUUUAAUCUUCAUAGGUUUCCAUGCAACUGUGCCGGAACCAUUUGUGUCAAGCAAGCCAGGAGAGGCCUCUAAUUUGCCACUUCCAUUGUCGAAGGUUAAUUCAAUCCCGGGUGAUGCAAGCAUGUUUCCUCACAGCGAUUGGUAUGUGCAGGUUUCGCUCUUGGAAAUUUUUGUACAAGUCAUGCACCAGGAGAUCAUCACGUUAGAAGUAGAUUCUAGUGAUACUAUCGGAAGUUUGAAGGAGAAAAUCAAAGACAAGAAAGGCUUUCCAGCUGAAGAGCAACUUCUCUUCUUUCAAAGAGAAGAAUUGAAAGACGACCGAACAGUCAGUGACUACAACAUUCAGAAUAAAUCAACCGUGAUCUUAUCACUCCAAAUAUAUCGUUUGGAAGUUACUAUCCUUUCGGAGGGCACGAGACUAGUUACCCUUGAAGUGAACCCGACUGAUUCCAUCUUAGAGCUCAAACGGGAAAUACAAAACAUUACAGGUGUUCCGCCAAAAGAGCAAAGUCUCCGCUUUGAUGGCAUAGAACUAAAAAAUGAACGCACUAUUUUUGAGUACAAUAUCCAGAACAAGUCAUACAUU